UAUUUAUACAAUACCAAAAGCAUUCACUAGACAUUCACUAAAAUGACCAUGUUAAAGCCAAGUCACUUGUUUCUCUUUCUUUUUUUCUGUAUCAACAAUACAUCAUUCGGAUUUUCUAAAAUCUACAAGAGGAACAAUGAAAACCCGACCAGUUUGGACCAUAAUAAGCUGACGGGACGUUGGUAUCUGUACAUGGACACUCGCGGAGAAAAGGGGAAAGGGAAUACUUAUGGAGAUAUUGAGAUAAGAAGCAAUGGGGAUCUUCUGGACACCCUCUAUGAAUAUAAUCCAGACAAUGAGGAGUGUAAAUCUUAUGAUAUUAUACUAAGACCACUGAGUUCAGACCCUUCGCCAGAGUCGGCGGUGGAAUUUGAGAUCAUUGUACCGUCUACUACAUUCGUGCUUGGGACACAGAAGAUUGUGUAUCUUAACGAUGACCCUGCUGACGGUUUUGUUAUCAUACAUCAAAACACAAUGGGAGAGGAGACAUAUCUUGUGGCCACGCGAACAAAGAACCCUUCCGACCAACUGACCACCAUAGAGACUGCUUUAUUGAAGCUCAGUUUGGAUCCAAAGAAAUUUACAAAGAAACCAACAAACUUUGGUUGCGAAACAUAGACGAAGCGCAGGGAAGAGACAAACUGAACCGUACCAUCCUGUACUAAGAUUGCAAAAACCCCAAUAAACUCCUCUAGAGCAGAA